AUGUCUGUGCACGUGAGGAGGGAGAGGGAGGAGAAGGGCAGAUUGCGGCGGUUCUAUCCUGGAGGGGACCUGAUGGACUUUCUGUCUGGAGCCCACACAGGGCCCUCAGAGCGGGCCCUGGACCCGGCCCUGGACCCGACCCUGGACUCGGCCCUGGACCCGACCCUGGUCUCUGUCUCACACCGGGCCUCACUGGAAGCAGCGGUCAAAGACGGAGGACGGGGGAUGCUGGUUCUGCGUCUGGAGAGAGACCCCCUCUCUGGGGCCCUGACACUGGAGACCUCCUCCCCUUCCUCUCUUCCUCCUCUUCCUCUUUUCCUCCUCUCUCCUCCUCUCUUUCUCCUCUUCUCCUCUCCUCCUCCUCCACCUCUCUUCCUCUCCUCCUCACUCAUCCUCCUCUCUCCUUCUCCUCUCCUCUACUUCCUCUCCUUCUCCUCCUCUCCUCCUCCCCUUCUCAUCCACCUCUCCUCCUCCUCUCCCUCCUCUCCUCCUCUCUUCCUCUCCUCCUCUCUCCUUCUCUGCCUCUCCUCUACUUCCUCUCCUUCUCCUCCUCUCCUCCUCCCCUUCUCAUCCACCUCUCCUCUUCCGCUCUUCCUCUCCUCCUCACUCAUCCUCCUCUCUCCUUCUCCUCUCCCUCUCCUCUACUUCCUCUCCUUCUCUCCUCCUCCCCUUCUCAUCCACCUCUCCUCCUCCUCUCUCUCCUCUCCUCCUCUCUUCCUCUCCUCCUCUCUCCUUCUCUCCCUCUCCUCUACUUCCUCUCCUUCUCCUCCUCCCCUUCGCAUCCACCUCUCCUCUUCCUCUCUUCCUCUCCUCCUCUCUCCUUCUCCUCUCCCUCUCCUCUACUUCCUCUCCUUCUCCUCCUCUCCUCCUCCCCUUCUCAUCCUCUUUUUCUCAUAUGCACCUCCUCUCCGCCUCCUCUCUGGGCGGCACGGUGGCUGA